CCCUAUUUAUGGUGGAAGAGAUAUAUCACACGAUUGCAGUUAAUACAGUUCGCUAUACUUAUAGUGUGUUUAAUAUGUGGCCUAAUGUGUGGCAAUCAUAAUGAUUAUCCCAUAGCAGUCAUUUUAUGUCAAUUCCUAUUUAUUAAUAUACACUAUGUGGGAAUUUAUGACAAGUGGGAACUACGAAAAUUGUCAAUGAUUCAAAUCGUGCCAAUGGCCACAGACACCCGACUCUUCUUGGCUUUAAACCUGUGUCAGCGAAUGGUAAUUAAAAGUAUGAAUUUUGAUUCAAUUCAAUAUAUUUUACACGACUAUUGGGCCGAAGAAACGGACGAUCGGCUCAAAGAGUAUCGGCUUUUAAAAGGAGGUCCGGAGCUCUUCCUAUCGAUUAUGUUGUUUUGGUUACUAUUUGUCACAAAAUUGGGCCCAAAUUAUAUGAAAGACCGAAAGCCGUUUGUUUUGCGCGAAAUAAUAAUGAUUUAUAACUUUAUAUUAGUCGUAAUCAACGUUUAUUUUGUAUACGCGGCGAUCGGGUGGUUAGACUACGGCCGCAAAUCGUGGUUAACACGACUGCCGACCCGUAACGAGUGGUCAGAGAAAGCGAUCGCCGAUUUACCGGAGAAAGCGGUUUACGCUUACUCUAAGUUAUUUGAUUUAUUCGAUACCGUAUUCUUUGUGUUGAGAAAAAAGUCAAAUCAAAUCACUUUUCUUCACGUUUACCAUCACUUUAUGGUCCCUGUGUUGGCAUUUAUAGUCGCAAAACUUUGUCCACAAACAGUGAUCGUAGAAGUGUUUUGUUUGCUUAACUCUAUUGUACACACAGUUAUGUAUAGCUAUUACCUGUUGUCGGCAUUUGGACCCCAAAUACAGCCCUAUUUAUGGUGGAAGAGAUAUAUCACACGAUUGCAG